AUGCUGCUCUUCUUCCCGGACUAUUUCCUAUGUCCCAAUUUUUGUGUCAUCCUGACACUCAGCAUCUUGCUGGGUGUCCUCAGUGCCUACAAAGUAUCAUUGCAGGCUGCAGAAAAUGUCUUGGAGGACCAUGUGUUGUCAAUGGACUGUGACAGAGUGCCUUUCUCCCGGCAGGGCUUGAAGAAGACCAGCGCCGUGAUGGAUGAAGAGUUUCCCCGUACAGCCCUCAGCAUCAACAACAGAAACGAGCUCCGAAGUGUUUUGCAUCUCCAGUCUCUGUACAAACAAAACAAGGCAAAAGAGACUCCUUUAAAAACCAUUCUGGAAAUCAUUGCUAGCUACUUUCUGGAGCAUCCGAGUAACCAGAGCUUCAGGGGAAGCACGUCGUUCCCUGAAAAUAAACUCUCCCCGACAAGAACCGCGGAGAAUUUUGUCCUUAAGAAUGUUGUCUCUGAAGAAGCCGCUCCAGGGCAGACAGCGCCCGAAAAAGCCAAAAAGGGGGCUCCCAGCUAUGAGAUUGACGAGGGAAUAAUCUGGCCACGCGGCCUUUCCAGGAGGCAUCUUCACAAGCAGAGUGAGAAGGGCAAGGCUAGAGCGGUGGUGGACGUUCCCGUGCAGACUGAGGGGGAGAAGAAGCUCUGUGAUCUUCUGGAUGGCUUGCAGAUUCCAGAAGAAUUGUCUCUGGAGACCAGAAUGACCCUGAGGGAGAAACUUCGAGGCCAGUCUGGUGUUCUUCCAGCUCAAGGAAGGAUAACUGGUUCCACGGACGCUUCUCAAGAGGAUUCCUUAAAAAGAAGGCAUCUGAAACGACCGUCUGGAAUCUGCAGCCCAGCCCAAUUCAGUGGGGAAGGCACCCAUAAGAGUCCUUCAGUCCUUCCAGGAGAUCAUUCCUUCGAGAAGACGGUAAUUCCCAGACCGUCGGCCGAUCUCCUGUCCGCCCGCGCCGACUGUUCCCUCGAUGCCCGUAAGAAUGGUCCACCCCACUCUCCCUCGAGUCGGUGUGCAAAGCAGGAAGACCAAACAGCCCCAGAUGUCAUCAGUUCUGGAGAUGACCCUUUGGCCACCCUGAUCUUAGAAAGGCAAGCUGAAGAAAAGAAACCUCCAUCUGGCUACGAUGCUUGUGAGAAAAGACGCCCCGUGGACGUUUUUCAAAGGGAGAUGGUGACAGGGUGCAGGAACGCCGUGAGACUCUCGUGGAAAAGUGAGGCUCGGUUUACGGACACCAGAAAAGCUCCAACAUCUGCUUCCAGAAGAGAUGAGCUGCACAAGGACGCUUUGGAGCUAGUUGAUGUUGAGGAUGAAGAAAGCUGGGAGAACCUGGGAAGAGACCCUGAACCUUUGGCUCCGUAUACGUGCCAAGUGACAUCCAAGCCCGUCGAUUUCAUUCUUGCAAAGGAUCUAAAAACCCUGCUCUUUGGCUCCAGUCUUGGCUGCUUCAAUGAGGAAUGGAAAGUCCAGAGCUUUACCUUUAACGAAAACCCUGAGCUGAAAUACGGCCUCGUGCAAAAAAAGGGUGGGCCCUGCGGGGUUCUGGCAGCCGUUCAGGCUCACGUCCUGCAACAUCUUAUCUUCGGUGACAGUAACAGGAACAACACUGUUGGGUGUCUUCGGCCGUCAGACACCGAAAGGGCCCAGUGCCUCAUUCUGGCUCUCGCCAGUAUUUUAUGGCGUGCAGGGGGCAAUGAGAAAGUGGUGGUGACCUUGUCUACAGGAACACAGCAGUUCACGCCUGCAGGGAAAUACAAGCCAGAUGGGAUCUUAGAAAUGCUUACGUUGUACCUUAUCACAAAAUACGAAGAUCUGCUGAAGUUCCUGCAACAGAAUAUUCAUCAGUUUGAAGCCGGUCCACACGGGUGCAUUCUUUUGACUUUGUCAGUGAUAUUAUCAAGAUCCAUCGAUCGAGUUCGUGGAGAUCUGGAUGACAUUAGAAACACACUGAUUGGUGCGCACGGAUACUGUACGCAGGAAUUGGUCAACUUGCUACUGACUGGCAAGGCUGUAUCCAAUGUCUUCAAUGAUGUGAUGGAGCUGGACUCUGGAAACGGCAACACCACCGUUCUGAAAGGCAUCACCGGCCGCAGCGACCUGGGCUUGCUGUCCCUCUUUGAGCAUUAUGAUGUCUGCCAGGUGGGUUGUUAUCUCAAGACCCCCAGGUUUCCAAUUUGGGUGGUGUGCAGUGAAAGUCACUUCAGCGUCCUCUUCUGCUUGCGAAAGGAUUUGCUGGGAGACUGGAAGACGGAGCGGCGGUUUGACCUGUAUUAUUACGAUGGUUUGGCCAACCAGCAAGAAGAGAUCCGUCUAACCAUUGACACCUCCCAGCUUUAUGUCGAAGACAAAGAAAACGAUCUCGUCUCUCCUUUGGAACAUUGCAUUCGGACCAAGUGGACGGGAGCCGUGGUCAACUGGAAUGGCACCGAUCCCAUCCUGUGACGGACCUCUUCAAGCGAAACCAGGACCCACCCGCAGAGGGAACCCGGGCGUUUGUCCUCCCUGCGCUGAUCCGAUGCACCCCGGCUGAAAUCCCCACCGUAUCAUGCGCCCCUUGCGCUCCUGCCUGUGGCGUAAGAAGGCGGCUGUCCUCUUCUUUGAGCCCCUGGCAUGUGGAAGUGGGAGGGUCAACCCCAACCGAGCGGGGGGGAAGCAGUAAAUCCCUCAACUUCUCGUCAAAUUCCGUCGCUGAAUCCGCGCCAUGUCCUGUGAUUAUAUGUUGAACAAUACCAAGGGCAGCCACCUUUCUCCUUUAAAAACCCAGCGGUGACAAAAAUCCCCCGGUCCAUUUUAAAGCUAGGAAACCAAAAUGUGCAUUUAAAAAAAGCGGGGGGGGGGAUCAAACUCUCGUUCCCGAGAGCAUUUCUUUUGGCUAACCUAAAAUAUUUUGGAACCAAAGACAUCACUGCCAAUUCGUUUUUCUUUCCUUUUUUUUAACCAACUGAAUGGUAAUCUAUUUUUAAUCCAGUCCUUGGAACUCCUGGCUACUAGAAGAACUAAGCCGAUGGGGCCAUCUCAUCUUCUUUUCCUCCCUGUAACCGAAGCUUGCCCUUUUUAAGGCUCAAAACAUAGCUUGCCGAGACAGCUCCGGACCUAUAAUUCUACGCACUGAAAAUGAGAGGACUGCAAUCUAGGUAUCGUUUUAUCUCGGUGGAGAAACGCUGAUUUCUGUGGAACAGCUCAUAUUGGAGCCGCUCUCAGUACGUGAAUUUGCACUUGAGGUUGACAUAUCUAGGGUCAUCUUUGCCCCAACUGUACUGCACCGGUCUGAUAAAGUUGAUGUGGGGAUUAGGGUGUAGACUACAAGUUUUCCUGCCCCACCAUGCAAAGAUUGAUGUGUUUCACGGAUAAAUCAACUGCUGGUCCCGAUUGGUGCUGGGAAUUCUUAGGGGUGGGAUGGGAGACCGAAUUUGGCAAGCUUAGAUCAGCCCUGAGAGUGACUCAGUUUUUAAUCCCAGAAACAUGGGUAUAAUUCUAUUGCUGGAUAUCUAUAGCAGUGUUUCUCAACC